GAUGGAAUUUGGCGAAGUGUGCCGGAAAAGGGAAGAGGGGGGAGUGCCUGGCGGGCGCCUGGGCGGGGGAGAUCAGAUUUCGCUGAUGAGGCCGCAUGGGUCGGUCGUCCCGAUUUGGGCGGGGGGACUUGGAUCACUCUCGCCCUCCCCGACCCGCCUCGCGUAUAAAAUGCGCCCCCCGCCAUCCUCCAUUUCCCAGUGGUCUGUUCUUCCCCACUUCCCCCCAUCCCCACCCCCACACGCGUCUUCCCCGCUCUCCUCAACGCGUACAAGCCUCACGACACAAUGGCCGGUGGACCAGCAGCAACGGGCGAUGGCAUCGGUGCCUCCGCCCCCAAGAGCAAGCUCGCGGGCAUCCUCAUGACCGCCUUCGCCGCCUUCGGUGGUAUCCUUUUCGGUUACGACACCGGCACCAUCUCCGGUAUCAUCCAGAUGGACGACUGGUUACGGACGUUCGGUAACGCUACCACCGACACCGCAACCUACCCCCUCGGUUACUACCUGCCCUCGAACCGCGAGUCGCUCGUAGUCUCCAUCCUCUCCGCGGGUACCUUCUUCGGCGCCCUCCUCGGUGCACCCGCAGCAGAUAUCCUUGGCCGUCGCCUCGGUAUCAUGUGCUCCUGCCUGGUCUUCUCGCUCGGUGUCGCUCUCCAGACUGGCGCGCCCGACAUGGCGACCUUCGUCGUCGGCCGUGUCUUCGCCGGUCUCGGUGUCGGCCUCGUCUCCACCCUCGUCCCCAUGUACCAGUCCGAGUGCUCGCCCAAGUGGAUCCGCGGUGCCGUCGUCUCCGGCUACCAGUGGGCCAUCACCAUCGGCCUCCUCCUCGCUGCCGUCAUCAACAACGCGACCAAGGACCGCCAGAACCACUCGUCAUGGCAGAUCUCCAUCGGCGUCCAGUUCAUCUGGGCGUUCGUCCUCUGCCUCGGCAUGUCCUACCUCCCCGAGUCCCCGCGCUGGUUGAUCAAGAAGGGCAAGGACAAGGCGGCCGCCAAGGCGCUCGCCCGUCUUACCUCCCUCGACGCCCAGGACCCCGAGGUCGAGGCUGAGCUGAACGACAUCCGCGUCGCCCUCCGCGAGGAGGAGGCCCUCGGCGAGAGCUCGUACCUCGACUGCUUCAAGUUCAACAACAACAAGAUCGCCCUCCGCACCCUCUCCGGCAUCUUCAUCCAGGCAUGGCAGCAGCUCACCGGUAUCAACUUCAUCUUCUACUACGGCACGACGUUCUUCAAGAACUCCGGCAUCGCGGACCCCUUCCUGAUCACCAUCGCCACGAGCAUCGUCAACGUGUUCAUGACGCUCCCCGGGAUGUGGGGCGUCGAGCGUUUCGGCCGCCGCUCGCUGCUCCUCUGGGGCGCGGUGCUCAUGUGUGUCUGCGAGUUCCUCAUCGCGAUCAUCGGCGUCACCAUCUCCGUCACCGACACCGCCGGCCAGAAGGCGCUCAUCGCGCUCGUCUGCAUCUACAUCGCCGGCUUCGCGUCCACCUGGGGCCCCAUCGCCUGGGUCAUCACCGGCGAGAUCUUCCCGCUCGCGAUCCGCGCCAAGGCGAUGUCGCUCUCCACCGCGUCGAACUGGCUCUGGAACUUCGGCAUCGGGUACGCGACGCCCUACCUCGUGAACACGGGCCCGGGCAACGCGGGGCUCGGCGUGAAGGUGUUCUUCCUCUGGGGCUCGACGUGCGCGGGCUGCUUCGUGUUCACGUACUUCUGCAUCCCCGAGACGAAGGGCCUCUCGCUCGAGCAGGUCGACCUCCUCUACCAGAACUCGACGCCGAUCACCUCGGGCAAGUACCGCACCGAGCUCAUCGCGCAGGACAUCCACGUGUCCGACUACAAGGGCACCGCCGACGCGCACCACGACGAGAAGGAGGCGACCGAGAAGGUAUAAACGCCUCGCCUCGCGCCCCUUCCCUUCCCCGCGGCCGGCCAUACCCCACUCCGCGCCACCCUCACCCUUCCCGCCCUCCUGUUCGACUAUCUUUAUCCCCCGGGCGCGCUGCCUCCCCCCACCGCCCCGCCCCGCCCCACCCACGACCCCCCCAAACGAACGACUGCGUAGUAAUGUGUAAUGAUACUUCACGAGCGGCGGCUGUGUGCCUCGUCUUCCUCUUUCCCCUCCUCUGCCUCACGCAUUGUUUUCCUGCACUCGCAUUGGAUAUCUCUCUCCCCG